AUGGAGGAAAGGUUAAACGAAGCGGAGGAAAUAUUUAAACACAGUGAGGAAGAGGUGCAUCCAAGUGUGAGCACAAAAGGACAACACAUUUAUGAACCCAUAAGCAUUGACAAAAAAGCCGUAAAUUUUAACAACCACAUGGCGCAUGCAAAUGAUCCCUUUUUAUUAAACACAAGUGAUAAAGGAUGUAGCCGAGAGUACCAUUUGCAGAAUGCUCCUUAUGUCAACUUAGUAAGUGCGUAUGUCCUCCCCACGGGGCUCAGCAUAAGCCACCCCAGUGGCGAUAGGCAAAGCGAAAUACGCCCAAGUAACAGGGAGUGUUGCAUGGAGAGCCCCGUGACUAAUACUCCCAUGAGUAGUACCACUAUAAAUAACAGCCCUAUGAGUAGUACCACCAUGAGUAGUACCACUAUGAAUAGAAGCCCCAUGAGUAGUACCCCCAUGAACACAUCCCAAAUGACAGUGAGAAACCGAGCGGGGUAUAUUCAAAGUGUCCCCAUCAACUACCAACUGGGGUGGACAUACAGUAACGAGUCGGGUGGGAGCAAAACACAGGGUAUCCCUCCAAGUGAAAACAACCCCAAUGAACAUAAUAAUGGCAUUUCCCAUUUGAACAGCAGUACCACUUCUAUGCCGCAUAAUCCUUGUGCGUGUCCUAAUUUACAGUGUGACAAGAAUGGCGAUGGAAACCUCCAUGACCAUCCCAGUGAUGUACUCUUUAAUAAACACCCAACUAGCGGUUUAGUGUACCAUCCGGAUGAUGGGUACCAUAUCGGCAGUAGGACUAACUCAAUCUAUGUGAAUAGAAGUAUGGUGGAAAUCCCAUCGAGUGAAGGCUCCCAUGUAAUUCCCCCAAACGGUUCUACAACUAACACUGGUAGCUACCACGUUAGUGGUGAAGGGACUAAUCAGGUGAAAAACCUGAACCGUGUAACAGCAGUGUUCCCAGAUCAAUGGAGUAAUGAGGAACUUGUCACCAACCACGUGAACACAUCAAACUAUAGGAUUAGGAGAAAGGGGGACAGUCCACAUGAUGGUGAAUCAUACGAAAUGUGUAGCAGUGAGUAUGAACCGACUGGGCAAUCCCAUCUACAACAAAGGCAAUACAGUUUUGCCAGUAGUGAAGGGUGCAUAUACCCUAAAAUAUUUCAACCCCAGACGCAGUUAAACCCAAAUAGAACCCUUCUAGUCAACACCAGUGAUAGUUUCCCUGUUAAAAGUGCCAUUCGGGAAGACGGCAAUUUUAGUGCACAUAUGGACAGCAGUAGGGAUGACCAACCGCUGAACCCUCGGCAGGGGAUAAUCCAAUUAGAGAAACAAAUGGAUAGUACACAUAGCACAAGGAAGAACCCAUUAACCUUGAAUCGAAUUGUACACCCAAAUAACUCCACUUCAGUAAUCUCAGACAAUAUGAUUGGCAGUUCCUAUGUCCCCUUUGUAAAUAAUGAGGUGCAGAAUGGCCAGAAUUGGGGGGAGGAAAAGUUCUUCCCCAUCAAAGGCAACUAUCGCCUGAGCAGUAUAGAAAGUCUAUACCCAUUCGAUGGCAACCAGAUGGGAGAUCCAACCAGCUUUAUGAAAUUGUAUAAUAAUGGUAAUACUUCUUAUGGUGAAGACACUCCUGAGGUGUCAGCAUGGUUAACACGAGGGAGUUAUUCCCCAAAGGAAGCUCUUAACAAUUCCGUGAGAAACACUAAAGAGAGUCACAGCAGUUUAAUAUGUAGUAGUGGGGACGGAGGCACCUCACCUCAUAUGUGUAGUUCUUCCAGUGUGCAUAACUUGACAGGUGCAUAUGACAUGCCGCAGCGAAGCAUGAGUAGUAGUUCACGCCAGCUGAGCUUGUUGGACGCACCAGACGGGGUGAAUAAUGAGGAGGAAGAAACUCUUCAGCGACAUAGUGUGUACGACUUGUAUGUACAGUCACUGUUGAAUGGGGCUAGUGGAGUGAUAAGCCCGAGUGGCGUUAUUAGUUCGAACGGAGCACCUAACCCGAGUGCCCAGUGGGAGGAAAACAACGACCAGUUAAUAUUAUAUAAUUUAAAAAACUUGGGCGCUAAAAUCACGAACAAGGCUCCCCAAAUGACGAAGAAUUAUUUGUCCUACUUAGAUCAUUACAUCUCUUCCCUACGCCUGCUGUACAAUAAACUACACAGCAACAGAAAUUUGAUAUUCAUCCUGGCGAAGGAAGUAUUUGCACCAAAAAAAAAAAGGGAUAAAAAAAAGUACAGUGACGAUAACGGGUCCACAUUUGAGAGUAAGCAUUCGUAUAUACAAGAAUUGUUAGCAGCUCUGCUACCCCAACCACCUGUCUUCCCACCAUUAGAAAUUUGGAUCUACAUGGGAAAAAAAAAUGCCAGCCAACUGCACAAACUGCAUCUAACAAUAUACAUAAUUUACCAAAAAAUUAUUUGCAACAUAUCCAGUAUCCUUUUAAAAAUCAACAACGAUAUGGUGAGUUAUGCAAGUAAGAAUAAAUUUAGCAAACGCAAUGGGACUGACUCGCUUAAUGAUUAUGUGAAUGAGAGUGGGGAGGGGGUGAAGAGAAAUGAAGUCCCCUUUUUGAGUGCUUCAAAGGAAGAAGCUGUAUUGGGGGGACCCCACAGCAGUGAGUACGUGGCGAAGAGGGGAGUCCGGGACAGGGAAGGGGUAGUCGACGUGGAGGAGGUGGACUAUUUGGUCGACAAAGGUGACUCGGUUGACACGGCCCACGCGAUUCGCGAGACGGACGACGCGAUGUGCGUCCCCGUGGAGCCAAAUCUUGCGACGCGCUACAACAGGAGCCCUUCCCAAACGAAGGAAGACGAACCGAAUUUCCAAAAAGGAGACAUCUCCAGGAAUUGCCUUUUCCGAAUUGACCAAAAGUUAGCCAUUAUGAUGGCUUCAAUUGAUAACAUAAGCAAAAUGAUAAAUUUGGCUUCAAAAGGGGGAGGACGCAGUAACAGCAGUAAGGACCCCUCAGUGGACGACGCCCCCGAUGAGGAAAGCAAAACGACCAACGUGGUCACCACAGAACAAGACAAUGUAGACGAAGACGGGGGUAAUAACAUCAAGCAGGAUGACAAAAGUGGACUUGAAAAAGAAGGCAACAUCGUUAAACAUACUCAACGUGUAAGUAAAGGCAUUUCCCCAAGUGGGUGUUGCCCCCCACACAUUAGCAUUAGCCCUAAGGAUGGUCAAAUAGUUGCGUAUGAUGAAGUAAAAGGUAGUGAUGAUGUACCCCUCAUUCAAAAAAUGGCCAAGUGUAACUUGAAUUAUUGUAACUCCAUACACAAGGACAAUCCUGUAAAGUUACUAAACGAGCUAAAGUACGAACUUAGAAAUGUGUACAACGAAGUACGCUCUUUGAUGAGGCAUGAUAGUUACUACCUCUCAAGUAAAAAUAAGGAAGAGGCAGGUAGCUCCUUAGAAUUGGUGAACCCUAAUGAUGACCAUGGGGACGAUUAUGCUGUUCCGUCAGAUGGCACUGCAGUUUCAAAUAUGAACAUAAAAACGGCAGACGAAACGUGUUUCUUAAACGAUUUUUUAAUUAGCCAAAGUGAAAGUUCCAACCCAUUGGUGAAUGCACACACACAGGAUUAUUACCCUUGCACGAGUAAAAAAAAUGAAAAAAAGAUUAAGCUAGAGAAUCAAAAUGAACUACUUAACAAUCUCAUAAAUAGUAGUAUUUGCUCAAAGGAAGAAUUUAAUAACGACAUUAUUUAUGACCUGAAAUACACAGAUGAUGUUUUUAAGAAACUUUUAUUCUUAUGUAGAAAUUUUUACACAAAUUUAUCAGAGUAUAAAGAUUAUGCUUUGGAAUCAUUUCACGAAAAUGAAGUCGACUUAACUAAUUUGGAUGAUGUGAACAAUUUUAGGUACAUGGACAAUCAGGCAUUCUUUACCAAAAGGCCACUUCUCCCGCGUGGGGAUUUACUACCCCAACAGAAUUUUCCAGCAGGGAGGUACCAACUGGAGGCGAGAAACACCCCCCACAUGUGCAACGAAAAUGGAGACAUGGACAUACACAAUAUUGAGCAAGUGAAUGACCAUCCCUUCAAAGGGGAAAAUCACACGUCCAAUGUGGCGCCAGUCAUAGACAACGCCGAUGGGGAUGACGGCGUUAACUCGGGCGAGGAAACUCUUCUGAGUGAGGACCAAGGGGGAUCAACGAAUUGUGCAAAGUACGUGAGGUAUGCAAAAUUGGGAGGUGCCUCCAUGUAUGAUACAUCUGAGGGUUCCACUCCGAACAAUCAGGAAGGUCUCCCCCUCUUUGGAAGGAAUGCCCCCUGGGUGGAACGACCGAUGGAGAAGAAAGAAGAUAAAGAAGGUACACACCAAGUGGAUUCCUUUUUUGCCAAAUUCGAUGGCCAAGAGGAACUGAUGGAAGCAUAUACAGAGACCCCCCAAAGUGCGAUUUUGCAGAUGGGACAAAUGGACAAGUACACAGCUGGUGCAUGCACGGGUAGAAAGGAAUGUGAGCGUUAUAGCCCUUCUUUCUCAAAGGCCACUAAUGGGGAUUACGAACAAAUGGAACUAGGCUUCAGUAGGGCCGCGGACGGUGGUGCAGAGAGUCGCGCCUUGCAUACCUCGCCAGAUACGCUGUUUAGUACCACACAAAGUGGACUGCACUAUAAUUACCAUAAUCAGCAACCUGAUGCCGACAGCUACGCCCAUAUAAGAAGUUCACUUCUUACGGAUACAUCCCAUGUCAAUUCGGAACACCCAUAUGUGCAGCGUGCACUUGCGUCUGAAGGAAUUAUUGGCAGUAUGGAUGAUCCAUAUGUACAGGUAAAAAAUACGGAAGAUUUAACAAGCAAGGGAACGUAUAUGGACAAUUCCUACAUGCAAAACCAUGUGGGGGAAGCUAAAAAGUAUGCUUAUCUUUUAAACAAUGCACAGAAUGUGUACUACCCAAAUGAGGACAAUUUGUCAAUAGGCUUUGAAAACACGGAAGGGAUAAUCCCUAACGACUGUGCCAAGUAUGAAAUGAGUAUUCCCAACGCAUACUCUAUUCACACGAAUCGUAAUGUGAGAAGUGGUGAUAGCUUUCAAGGGUUUAGUACCCCAAUAACGAGGUGUUUAAGUUCUGAUGGGAGCUGUGUUGGAGGGGAUAUCAUGGGGAAUUGUGUCCAAGUGCCCCAAUCCCCAUACCAUAAAAAUCAACCGUUCGGGAUGUUCAAUUAUGUUGGUGCGAAUGGGUUCGCGGCGACAGAUACAGAUGCACAAAACGAUAAGGGAAUGAAUAGACACGUAGGUUAUUACACGGAUGAGAGUGCAAUGCAGAGUAUGAUUAACUACCAAGGGACACAAAAUAAUUUUCAAAAAUGUAACGGUAAGAAGGACAUGGGAAGUCACCAAUUUGCAACCAAUGGGUCAACAAAUAAUUACAUGAGUGCUGACGAAGCAGGGAUGAUGAACCAGUUUUCCUUUAAUGACGAGGAAGCAAUCAACAUGCACCGCUUGGAUAAUAUGCCUCAAUGUACCUCCAGCUACCAAAUAACACAAGAGAGAAAUACUUUUAAAGAUGUCCACAAGGAAGGGGAAAACUUGGUAGAAAAAAUGUACAACCAUAAUGGGAACUACUUGAAUAAUAUAGAAUUGAGAGCAGACACUACAGAAGAUGUAUCAGAUAAUGAAAUGAAUAAUGGAGGAGGGAACCCUGAACAAGCCAUGGGAGAUGAUGAAAAUACCUUUGAUGAGGGUUCUGCAUACUUGUUAAAAAAUGGCCUUGUGACAAAUGACACGUCUGAGCAUUGGAAACUCAUGUCAAAUAUUGCAAACAACCUAAGUGGAGAGAAGAGCGAAUCUUUGAAUGGAGCAGAAGACAUGAACUCAGGCAACUUAAAGGCAGAAGAAAUGGUGAGGAAUAAUGACCCACCAGAUGCUGAUAUAUUAUCCCCCGAAUCUCCAAAUGAUUACCCAAACAUGAAAAACGAGAGAAGAGAUCACAGUUUAACAAAUGAUGAAAAUAAAAUCAAGUUAAGAAAAAUGCUUGAAAUUACUGAUAAGCUAAUUGGGAAGAAGUACAGAGGGAUAUCUUACGACCCCACCCGAAAUGGCUGGUCGACCUUUGUAUAUAAAAAGGGUGUUAGAACGAAAAAGUUUUUUUCCUCUUAUAAAUACGGAAACUUGUUAGCUAAAAAGAAGUCCAUUGAAUGGAGAUUAAAAAACUUAAGUCCAGAUUCAAAUGCAUAUGUCUUUUCUCUAAAAGCGAAAGAAGAAUUUAAUGCCAUUUUAAAUGAUGGUUAUGCUGAUAUAAAAAAUAUGAACUGUGAUAUGAGGGAUGGGGAAAGCAACGGGGGUAGCUCCAACAAUAGGGACAUACUAUACGUGAAUGCUUUUAUAAACCUUCUUAAUAAUUCACAAGAAGGGCAGAAAGAUGAAUCUGAUGAACCCGAUGAUCCUUUAUGUCAAAUGGACAAGUCGUCCCAUGAGGAAUGUGCAGAGGAGCUUACGAAAAAAGGAACAAAGGAUGGAAGUGGAUCAGCCAGUAGUGAGAUCGCCAAGUCGCUCGAAGAGGCAAAUUACAAAGUUGCACCAGACCUCGGUGGAGAAGUCGGUGGGACAAAUGUUGUAAGUAAUGAUGAUCGCACCGCAAGCAGCGUCGAUCGGGAAACCCCUUGCGCAAGCGAAGACAAGACAGAAGGUGAAAAAACAAAUUACGAGGAGAAUAAUUCAGUGGCACAGAUUGCCAAUCUGACUAACCACUUGUGCGAUCAAGCAGAUGGCUGUCUACACACGGAUGAUGAUUUUCUCGUUUAUAAAAAAUUCUGUUCGAUAUUACUCAAUGAGGGCGAAGCGUUGAGAAGUCAACCAAAUGGAAGGGAAGCAGGAAAUGGGUCAAAUGUGCAAAAUGGGCAAAAUGGGCCAAAUGAAGAAAAGGGAAAAGUAGACAAUUUAAAUGACGCCGCGCAAGAGGAAGCGAAACAAACGCCAGGAGCAAUUCCAGAUCAAACAGCGCAUUUCCAAAUUGUAAAUAACCAAAACGAGGAACCCAUUGUUUUCCCCCAUUCAAAUGAUGUGUCCCCUGCACAUUGUGCCGCACUCGCCAGUGAUGAGGGGUUAGACCCACGCAUACCUAUUAGAGAUAACUGCCCAAUUACGCCACGUGGAAAUAGGAAAAAGAGAAAAAGGCACAUCAUAAAAGGUGAAGGGAAGAAACCGAUAGGGGAAGGGGGAGAGAUUAUCUCUCCAACAGGAGAAGCAAACGUUACUGGAACCGGCGAACAAUUCAGUAGUACGUACGCCGCGCCCAAUGCUUCAGCGGGUGGUUGCAGCGACAGCAGCUACAGUGACCUGUACGGAAGUGACACCCGCAGCUGCGAUGGUCCAAGCGGUAGCCGACGCCAUGACCGUCCUGAUGGUGAUGGGAACGAGGAGAAGUUCAAGCGGUGGAUGGACAAUGGCCUAAUCCAAUCGAUAGAGGGAAGUCACUUCUCCUUUGAGGAAGAAGACAGGUCCUGCAAAAAUGACGCAGUUAGGGACGACAACUCAGAGAGAACCCUUCAGUACGUAAAAGAAUGCAUAUCAAAUAAUGUACAUUUGAAAAGUCUAAAUUGUGGCAUAGGAAGGAACGACCACAACAUGAUCGAUACGCUUUAUAAGAACGUACGGUGCUACCCACAUGGGAAUAGUCUAACCAGUGGGGAGCCCCUUCUAAACGGUGUAUCUGCCCCCAGUGAAGAGAGCGCUAUAAAGACAUUUUAUCCGGUAGAAUGUAGGAGCAUUCCCCAGGAGAGGCUCGUCGAUGGGAUUGUUAAUCGAGCAGAACCACAGCACAUGGGUGGAGAGAAGGACAAUAAUUUGUGCUCGGGGGAUAUAAGCAUAAACCGUUUCGUCGAACUUAGCCACGAGGUGGAGAAGCAGGUUGCAUUUCAGCAUGAGAGAGACCUCUUCCUGGAUAAUAAACGAGCAAAUGACAAAAAUUGUCUCCUUGAGAAAAACACCCUAUUGAGGUACAUGAACGAGUGUGUCUACACAGGGGAAGAAGAAAAGAAUCUUUUUCACCAGUUCUUACAAUUAACCCCCCAAUGGGUUCUCCUGCAACUAGACGAAUUGGAACAAGGGUACCAUGCAUACUUCAGGAAAAAAAUUGAAUCAUUUUAUAAAGCCUACUUAGUUAAGAUAAGAAGACGAAACAGUAGUAACCUUAGGAAGGUAGCAGUGGAAGGGUCUUAUCGUUCAGCCAGUGACAUGCCUCCUAAACGCAACGAUUAUAUGAGAGAACUUCAACUCAUUUUUGAUAAAAAGUUGAGUACCCUAUGGACAUGCAUGAUUUUCCCUGUAGAUUUCCUUUACCUAUUAUACUACAAAGUUUUUAGAAUGUUAAAAAGGAUGAAUAAGGACAAGGUUACAAAUGCCAAGGAAGAGAAAGACAAACAGUUGAAGUGUAUGUUGAAAGGAAUAAAUUUCAUCAAGUAUAAAAAUGCAUGGUCUUUUAGUUAUAUUGAUUUGGAUGAUAAAAGAAAAGAAAAAAUAUUUCCUAUUAAUCACUACGGUUUUGUGGAAGCAAAAACAUUAUCCAUUUUGUACAGAAAAAACUUUGUUCUGCAUUUAUCUAAAAUGUAUACCUUUUUGAAAAAUGUCUUGUUAAGAAAUAAAAAGGAAUCGGGAACAAUCAUAACUAAACUGAUCAACCCCAAGUCCAUAAAUCAUUUUAUAGAAUAUUAUAAAAAAUAUGAGGAGUUCCUCAUUUGCUAUGGCAAAAUUGUAUACUUUUAUGAAAGCAAAAAUGUAUUUCUAACGACGCAGAAGAAAAAGGAUGCUUUGAAUUAUGUGCCUUUUGAAAUAAGACAUAAAAUGUCUGCAGAAAUAGAACCCUUAAAUUUAAUAACUGCAACCAGAAAUUAUUUUUCUAAAAAAUCACAAAUGAUCAACUUCCCCAAGGGCAUAGUGUACCUCUCUGGCUACUUCCUAUGGGUUCUAUUAUUCCUCAAUCAUAAUAAUAAAGAAGUUGUUAUCUCCUUUUCGGCUCGCAAAUACUCCUUCGAAACAGCCAAGGCAAGAUGCUUCGAGUGCUACUACUGCUUACUAUAUAAGUACAAAUUUCGCCCCAUCAACAUAUCAGGCGUUGUAGACCUUAUCCUGGAGACCGACUUAGAGUGUAAAAAUUAUAAUUUGCUGGAUUACCAAGCGGAAGAGAUAAUGCCUCUAGAUUACUUGUUCCAUUUUUUUGCCCCUUCAAAUUAUGUGCUUCAAAAUGGGGUCAUUUAUAAAAGGCUUCUUCUUAAUCAGCACCACCGGGAGGGGUACCAGUGGAGGCAGAAAUACGACUCGCUCUUCCCGAGUGAGUAUGUCUCCUUGGAUACCUUUCAGACGUACGAGAUUGAAGAUGACUACUCUUUGGCCAUGAAUGAGGUGCAUGGGGAUUUGGGGCCCAAUGAAUCGGUUGAUGCUACACUGAAGGGGUGCAUGGACUUAGACGGGGAAGGCUAUUAUACGCACGUGAACCUGCUCAACGAUGCGGAAGUAGAUACCCACGUCAACCUGUUUAAUGACGACGAAUCUAUGGGGCAGAAUCAGUACUUCCCGUUUGAGUUGCCUUCCCUGAGCGAGGACCAAUCCGACUACUACCCAUACGAUAUAAAAGAACAUAACGAGGGUAGCGAAUACCCAGCCCAACAUCAUCGCCGCUCAUCGGACAGCUUGCUGCUUUGUCAAGACAUGGAAGAGGUGAAGAAGGACACCACCCCUUACUUUACGGACGACGAAAAUGGAAAAUUGAUGCGUCUGAAAAGGAGGGAUAACUGCUACCUCGAAGGGAGAAGUUUCAAACGGGGCAAUUACACCAAUUUGAGGGAAUCCUCGGAGGAGGUGGACUCGGUCAACUGGGAUGAGUACUACCUUCACAGUGACAGCGAUGGAAGCUUCGGUAGUAGCGAUGGAUAUGAAGAAGCGGCUGAGGACGAGACGAAAAUUCAUGGCACAUAUGACCCGAGUAAUGAACGUAACGAAGACUUCACAAUGUUGCGAAGCGAGAGAGAAGAAAUGACCAGCUUGGGGAUGCAGGUGACGUGUGGAAAUUCAAACGUAAGGAGUCUGCAUGGGGGGCAGGACAACGGUGAGGAGUACGAAAUGGGGGAAAACCAUCCCACAGUUAAUGCUGCAAAUGGAAGGGGGCAAAAUGGACAAGUCAGUUCGGACACUACAGAGAGGCAUAACGACGAGGAAAAUGAUUAUCAUCAUGUGGAAAAAAAGGAACAGACAAGGGGAGGCGUGAUUGGGCAAGAUUUAUACACAAAGGAGUGCAGCAAUCAUGAGCAAAGUACACAAGGAAGUAAAGCAAAACAUUUUAUAAACAGCGCAGAAUAUUAUAAGGACGUUUGGAAUAAAAACAUUUUUCACUUCCUCGAUAACAACAUACAAGACGAAUAUUUAAAAAGAAAUUAUGAUUCACUGUUUAACAGUCAGGACGAACAAAAUGUGGUGUUUAAAAAAAUGAGUGCAAAGGAAGAACACCUAGGAGUGUUCUUAAUGCUUAAUUGCCAGUGGCUUUCAGACUCUUUUGUACAUAACAUAAAUCAAAUCGAAACAAAGUAUGCUGAUAUUUAUUCCUUUGAAAAUUAUCUGAACACACGUGAAGAGGUUUUAAAUUGGAAGUGUGAAAAAAAUUUUAUUAAAGACUGCGCUGGUAUUGCUAAACAGUGUCCUCGAGUUGUUGGGGUUCACUAUGAUACGCGUGCCCAGGCCUGGGUCGUCAACUGUACUUCUAAUGGGAAGAGACGGAAUAAAAAAUUUUUGGUGAAAACUUUUGGCUUUUUGCAAGCCAGGAAGAUGGCCAUCGCCCACAGGAAAAAGUGGCAGCAGCAGAAGGUCUUCCACAGGAUAAAACAUGUCAAUGGGAAGAGAGCGUCUCACGUGGAGACGCUUUAA